AUGCGAGAUGUUGUGAUCACUGAUAUUCCCAAGAUACAGACUACAACAUUUGUUACUAUUGAUCCAAAGAAUUUCUUGAUAGUGGGUUCACUUUCUAAAGCUAUGUUAUCUUGGGUUCCUACUGAUCAUCCUAUCAUUGUGAAAUAUUUUACUACACUUUCUAAAGGCGAUGUUGGUUUAAAUUCAAUUAAUGAAGAAGAAAUUGCAAAGAAUAAAGUAAAAAGUUCUAAGCAAAAAGGGAAAAUGAUCAUGUCUAAGAAAUCUACAAAGAAAAACAGGAAAAAGUUGACUCAACUUGUUAUUGAAGAUGACUUAAGCGAGCAUACUCUUGAUCGUACUAAAAAGGAUUCCACUAUUGACAAUGAAGAAGAUUCUGCGAACAUUGGGCUAAAAUAA